CACAUGGCAGCAAACAAAAGUUCACUCAACCUGACACGCUGCUAGUAGUAUUCAGACGCAAAGUUUGUAAUGGAACUGACAACGCUAAGCUAUGCCAUGCCAUCACCAUUAGUGGCCAAUUAUAGGGCGUCCAAAACUAAGCAUGUCCAGAAAUUCGCUCCGUGCCUCUCCCUCCGUUCAUGGCCACACCGCCGCCGCCCUGCGACGCGAAUCUCCAUUGCUACCUUCUCGUCCUCCAAGACCCACAAAAGGCGAACAACAAAAACAGAUCAGAACUUUUUCGGCACGUUUUCUUUGCUUCAUUUCGUUCCAUUCCACCCCCACGAAGAAGAGCAGCAGCGGAUGACCCCGUUGAUGUCAUCGCCACGCACGUCGCCUCGCCCUUCUUGACGACGCGCGCCGGCCGGCCGGAUACCAUGCCGGGCAAGCAGGAGGAGGGCGGCCAAGGCCCGCCGGGCAGCAGCGUGUGCUUGUGGCUGGUGACGGUGCUGCUCCUCCUCUCCCUGCUCGCCGGCGGCGCGUGCCUCGCGGCCUACGUCCUGCUGCCGCCGCAGGAGACGCCGGCCUGGCUCCCCGCCGUCGGCCUGGCGCUCGUCGCGCUCCCGUGGGCGUUCUGGAUCCUCACUUGCGCGUACCGGUGCGCCGCCGCGCGGGCCGCCGAGCGCAGGACGAUGGCCGUGGCGCCGUCUCCUGGUAGCAUGUGCUCGCGCUCCGGCUCGUGAGCAGUAACCGUAAGACACUUAGCCGUGCGAAUUCACUUUCAGUAUUUAAGGAUCGCUGAAGCUGCACAACGGCAUGAAGAUGUUCAUGUCAAGUGGAGGAUGCCAAAAAUCUGUUCAUGGCUCAAUCUACAUGUUCAUGUCAAGUGGAGGAUGCCAAAAAUCUGGAACUACGAUGCCCUGUAUCCGAAAUUCUCCAAAAUAGAGAAUGUAUACAUUUUCAAUGAUAAGAUCAUAGCCAAACAUUUCUCUUUCUCUGUAUAGUUCUUGUCAAUGUUUGAAGAGUUUGGAGUUGAACCUACCUUGUUGAGUGGAAGGAGAUUGUGUUCAGAAAACUUUAGAGAUACUUUUUAGAUUGCCGGGAUGUAAAUUGUUGCCAGCUGGAAGGCCUUGACUUUUAACAGUCUGAAACAAUAACAUUUAAGCAUGGAUUACCUCUUGCA